UUGGCAACAUGGGAAUGUAAUUUUGAGGGUAAUAGUAAAAGGACGACGAUCUUAGCGAAUGUGUUGAGUUAUGAAAGGAAAGUAAAGAAUUAAACAAGGGUGAGAAUGGUCAUUUAAGAAGCUGCCGUCCGAGGCUUGAAUCCAAUCCGUUAACGUCAUAUUCAUAUACCAACCCUUACCCAACGUCCCCAACUCUUCCUCAAUCUCCCACCGCCAUGACCACCGUAACGGUCACCACUCGAGCACAGAUCCUCCGCCACACCGCCGCAUUCACUUCCGCCCUCCUCUCCCAAUCCCAACUCCGCCGCCGCCUCGUCGCCACUCUCCUCCGCCACACUCCACCCUCCGACCAAAAGCACCUCAACCUCGCCGCUGACACUCUCGAAAACGCGAUUUCCUUCUCCAGCCCCGCCCUCCGCUCCUCCUCCCUCUCCCUCGCCGAGAAGCUCCUCCUCCCUCUCCCCGACUUCCCCCUCUCCUCGCUCCUCCUCUCUCUCAUCCACGCCCUCCGCAACCGCCCUACCGAAUCCGCCACAUUCCUCCUCCGAAUCUUCCACUCCAACAACGCUUCCCUCGCCAGAUCCGAAAUCGCUCCCGCGCUCUACGAGCGCCUCUUCUCUCUCCACCUCUUCCCCGUGUUCCGAUGGUUCGACGACCACAGGACGCAGAUCCUCUCCACCUCCAGCCGCGACGACGCCGACGAUUGCGAUUGCGAUUACUCCGUUUCCGUGGUGCUGCCUUGCGCGAAGGUGCUGUCGAAGAUGAGCGAGGAGCAGGCCACGAAGCUGAGAGAGGUGGAGAGGGAGUACGAGGAGGUUCUGGACCAGAACUGCAGGGUUCUGGCGACGUACUUCAAAGAGGUUUUGGCCUGCGAAAACGGUGACGCGGCGGUUAGUCCACCGUCGCUGAUUCUGAAGAGCAGCGGCAGGGAAGACAGGAAGGAGGAGAUGACGCAGAUGAAUGUGAUGGCGAACGGACGGUAUAAUCCAAUAUGGUCCGAAAGGGAAGUAUCUAUUGAAUUUUUGAGCCGCAGUUCCAGCAGCAGAUCUUCCCACGCACCAUUUUAUCCUCAAAGAGUCUUUUCCGGAGUCCUUAAACCCCAGAAUUCUUCAAAAUCUUCGACAACGCCAGUCUAUUUAAAGUUAAACUCAACCGCUGAAAUUGAUUUUUCUUUAGAUGAGAGUUUGCUGAGUUCUUCUUCAGAUUCUGAGGCAGAAAAUGAGGAAAAGGACAAAAAUAUUGCAUUGUUGGAUCCUCGACAAAGCCAAAUUCAAGAACAAAUGCUAACCAUCUUCAAACAAUCCAGGGGUUCCCCAGAUUAUCAUAUGGCAGAUUGCGAAACCCCGCUGCAUGGAAAUGGGAAACAUGCACCUCCCAAGGACUUUGUCUGUCCAAUAACAAGUCACAUAUUUGAUGAUCCUGUGACUCUUGAAACUGGUCAGACAUAUGAACGUAAAGCUAUCGAGGAAUGGUUCAAUAGAGGGAACUCAACCUGUCCCAUCACACGCCAGAAUCUGCAAAACACCCAGCUACCCAAAACAAAUUAUGUGCUCAAAAGACUAAUUGCUAGCUGGAAAGAACGAAACUCCCAUUUGGUCCCACCGCCAUAUGAGAGUCCAUACGAAGAUACCGAGGCAGUAGUGAAGUCAACAAUGCCCUCAACUUCUCCUAAUAGCGUUAUAACACAAGCCACAGUUGAUGGGAUGAUGAGUGAGUUACGCUGUGCAAUCAAUAACCUGUAUAUGUCAGAGGUUCUUCAGGAAUCUGAAAUGGCCGUGCUUCAAAUUGAGAAGUUCUGGAGAGGAGUGGAUCUAGGAGUGGAUAUCCAUAGCAUGCUAUCAAAACCUGCGAUAAUCAAUGGAUUUAUGGAGAUCCUUUUCAAUUCUGUUGAGCCACAGGUGCUACAAGCAGCAGUUUUCCUUCUGGCGGAAAUGGGGUCUAGGGACAAUGCUGUUGUUAAGACUCUCACACGUGUGGACACUGACAUGGAGUGUAUCAUGGCUCUUUUCAAGAACGGGUUGACAGAGGCUGUUGUGCUGUUGUAUCUCCUAAACCCUUCCAAUAUGGACCUUGCAGAGAUGGCAGUAGUGGAGUCUCUCAUAACAGUUUUCAAUAAGAAAGAGGAAGAGUUGGUUAAGAUGUGUUUAAAGCCCAAAACAGCUUCAGUGCUUUUACUAGCACGGAUUAUUGGAAGCAGUGAAGAGAUAAUUGCAUCUUCGGUUGUCAAUACCCUUUUCUCAGAAAAAGCAAUUGGAAUUAUUGUCGGCAGUUUGGGAGCUGACUUGGCAAAGGAGAGGAUUGCUGCAGUGGAGAUUUUGUUGAGAUGCAUGGAAGAAGAUGGGACUUGCAGGAACAACAUUGCUGAGAAAGCAGAGUUGUCACCUCUUUUGGAAACCUUAAUCGGUGCAACUGAUGGAGACCGUUUCAAGAUUAUUAAAUUUUUUACUGAGUUAGUCAAGUUAAAUAGGCGGACAUUUAACGAACAAAUCCUCCACAUUAUAAAGGAAGAAGGACCUUUUAGUACAAUGCAUACACUCCUUAUUUAUCUGCAGACAGCCCUUCAAGAUCAAUGUCCAGUUAUGGCUGGCCUCUUACUCCAACUUGAUCUUCUGGUAGAGCCAAGAAAAAUGAGCAUAUACCGGGAAGAGGCAAUGGAUACUCUUAUUUCAUGCCUGAGAAACACAGAUUUCCCCGUUACCCAAUUAGCAGCAGCUGAUACAAUUAUGUCACUGCAAGGGAGUUUCGACUUCGCUGGAAGCCCUCUAAUCAGAGAAGUCCUUCUUAAACGCGCAGGUAUCAAAAAAAGUUCCACAAGUCUUGUACAGGUGGAUCAGAUCAGCAACUUCAGCCCAGAUAUUGAUAUAACUCCAGAAGAAGAGAAGGCUGCUGAUGAUUGGGAAAGAAGAAUUGCAUCUGUUCUAGUUAGCCAUGAGUUUGGCACUCUUUUUGAGGCUUUAGCAGAUGGCAUAAAGAGCCGAAAUCCAGAACUACGAUCAGCAUGCUUUAUAUCAGCCACAUGGCUCAUAUACAUGUUAACUAUUCUACCAGAUACAGGGAUACAAGUAGCAGCCCGUGCCUGCUUGUUGAAGCAGUUCAUAGCUAAAUUAAAUUCUGCUAAGGAUGUAGAAGACAGAAUCCUCUCUGUGCUUGCUGUCAAUAGCUUUCUUCAUUUCUCUGACGGCUUAGGCGAUCUAACUUCCUACACUAAGGAUAUCUUAAAAGGGUUGAGAGAGCUAAAGAGAUUUUGUCCCUUAGCAUCUAAAAUGCAAAAGGUUCUGGUGGAUGAAAACGAAUCUAAAGCGGACAUUUGGAUACAUAAAGAGCUCAUAAAAGAAGACUGCAGCGAGAAUGGAGAGGUGCUGUCUGUCAUUUGCUUUAAGGAUAAAUUUUUUUCAGGCCACACAGAUGGCACUAUUAAGGUCUGGACAUUAAAGGAUAACUUAUUCGAUCUGUUGCAAGAGAUCCAAGAACAUACUAAGGCUGUGACAAACUUGGUGAUUUCAGAAUCUGGUGACAGACUAUACAGUGGUUCACUUGAUCGAACUGCAAAGGUCUGGUCUAUUGGAAAGGCAGCAAUACAUUGUAUACAGGUGCAUGAUAUGAAGGACCAGAUUCAUAAUUUAAUUGUAACCAAUAGCUUAGCUUGUUUCAUUCCGCAGGGGACUGGUAUCAAGGUUCUGUCUUUGAAUGGAGAAUCAAAGUUGUUAAAUUCUAGUAAAUAUGUGAAGUGCUUGGCUCAUGUUCAUGGAAAACUAUACUGUGGAUGUCAUGACAGUAGUGUUCAGGAGAUACAUUUGGCCACUGGAACAGUCAAUACUAUUCAAAAUGGUUAUAAGAGAUUACUUGGGAAAGCAAAUCCUAUUCAUGCACUGCAAAUUCAUGGUGAACUUAUAUAUGCAGCUGGCGCUUCCUUAGAUGGAUCUGCGAUAAAGAUAUGGAACAAUUCCAAUUACAGUAUGGUUGGAUCACUGCAAACUGGAUCUGAAGUGCGGGCUAUGGCAGUGAGCUCAGAAUUGAUCUAUUUGGGGUGCAAAGGAGGUUCUGUGGAAAUUUGGGAUAAGAUGAAACACCAUAGAGUUGACACGUUGCAAAUGGGCACAAAUUGUAAGGUUAAUUGUAUGGCUUUAGACAGCAAUGAAGAAGUUUUGGUAAUAGGAACCUCAGAUGGACAGAUUCAGGUUUGGGGAAUGAAUUAAAAGAAGAUGCUCAAAGUACUGGUACAGCAAAACAUAGAUGAGCUUACCUUGUCAAUAUUACAUUCUUUAAAUCUUAUCAAUAAUUUCAUUUUUUAGGUUCCUCAUGAGCUGUAUAUAGCUCAAAGUUUAUACAUCCAAGUUCCUUGUACAUAGAAUAACUGGUAUAUAUAUGACUAGUUUGCUUUAUCACAUGUAUGAGAUUUCUUUUUAAAUUUUUAUG